AUGUCUUUGAAGAAUGGGGAGAGAUCUGACUUGAAUAAGGUAUGGUUCUAUACAGUGUAACUGAAAGCUAAGAGAGACGCGUUGAGUUGAGAACGCUGUAUGUAUAGAUCGCCCUGGCUUGACGAUCUUGUGUAAAAUUUUUGUCACUUUUCAGAGUCGAAGUUCUUCUUCAUUACCUUUUAAUUAUGGAUUCAAAAUCCCUUCCGUCCUCCAUGUCAAGUCCAAGUUUGAUUCUGAGUUCCGCAGAUUCUGUGUUCCUAUUGGCGCAGAAGGUUUAAUGUCUUAUAAUGAGUUCAGGGAACUGAUCGAGAAGAAGCAUGUGCUUAAGAAUACGGCGUUUACAUUAUGUUAUACAAGUGCUUUGGGUGACUUGCUUCCAAUUACUAACGACGAGGUAGGUUUCCUCAUCACUCAAAAACGAUUUUAGAAUUUCCACAAAGCCUUUGAAUCAGCCCAGCCCACUUUAAGGGUGCUGGUUCAACGAAAAGGCGAAUCUUGGGAAGAAAAGUAUGGCUAUGGUGUCAGCACGCUGGACAGGAAGAAGAAGGGGUUGUCUUCCUGGAUUUCAAAUCCGUCAAAGACUCCAGUUCGACAUUACAACAUCUCCAAUCCAGAGGAUUUCCGACAGGUAUCUUCUAUAAUUGACGUCGAUGUUGUUCCGGAGACGCAUCGGAGAGUACGGUUAUGUAAAUAUACAUCUGAUAGGCCCCUUGGCUUCUAUAUUAGACCCAGUUCUAUUGUCCGGCAGACUGCACAAGGGCCUGUAAAAAUGGAUGGAAUUGUGAUAAGCAAGCUGGUCGAAGGUGGAUUGGCUGAGUCAACGGGACUUCUAAGUGCCAAUGAUGAAAUUGUCGAAGUCAAUGGGAUCGAUGUAGGUUAUCACCACACCUUAUGUGUAAAGUUUAGGUGCAUGGUAAAACCAUAGACCAAGUAACCGACAUGAUGAUUGCCAAUGCCCACAAUCUAAUCAUUACAAUUAAACCUGCCAACCAGCGGAACACCCUGCACAAAUCUUUCAAAGAUGGUGAGUAGUCUUGUUUUUAAUAAGGAAUUUCAGUCCCUGAAAUUAACCGAUAUAAUGGAAAUCAUAAUGUUAACGAAGACAGCGAAGAGGAAGAUAUCCACGACGAGGUCAUUGAUCAUAUUAACCAAACAAACAUGCGCUAA